AUGCUGUGGCUGCUGUUCCUGUCCCUCCCCUGCCUGGGGGCCUCUGUGCCCGAAAUCCCAGCGCCUGCCCCCGAGAGGGAGUUGGUGGGCCUCGUGGGGGGUCACAGUGCCCCCCAGGGGAAGUGGCCGUGGCAGGUCAGCCUGAGAGUCUACGUUUACCGCUGGGCCUCCUGGGUGCACAUCUGCGGGGGCUCCCUCGUCCACCCCCAGUGGGUGCUGACCGCUGCCCACUGCAUCGACCGGAAAGACGCCGACCCGUCAGCCUACCGGAUCCACGCCGGCAACGUGUAUCUGUACGGGGGCAGGACGCUGUUGAACGUGAGCCGCGUCAUCGUCCACCCCGACUACAUCGCUGCCUUUCUGGGGUUUGACCGCCUGCUGAAGCUGGCCACCCCCGUGAGAAUGUCCAGCAGGACUCGGCCGGUCACCCUGCCCCUGCAGAGCCUGGAUUUCAGCCCGGAGGACGAGUGUUGGCUGACAGGCUGGGGCAGGGGCUUCUACUUCGAGCCGCUGAGCCCCCCCUACCGCCUGCAGCAGGUGCAAAUCCCACUGGAAGAGGAGGGGGCCUGUGAGCAAGGUUACCGGAGGUUCCUGCACACCAGAGCCAAUGGCAAGGUCAUCCCGGAGGACAUGCUGUGUGCCGGCACUCAGGGCCGCGGUCCCUGCAUGGGGGACUCCGGGGGCCCCCUGGUCUGCAAGAAGAGAGGCACGUGGGUCCAGGUGGGCGUGGUCAGCUGGGGCAUCGGCUGUUCCAUGUACGAGCUGCCCGCCGUCUUCACAAACGUCCAGAGCCACGUGGACUGGAUCCGACAGCAGCUGCGGAGGCGCCGGUGAGCCCAGGCUGCAGGUCGGCGCAGGACGGCGCUUCUUCCGCCGCCGUAUCACCUCCCCAGAGCGAGCCUUCCGCGCCACUCCCCUCCC